AUGACUAACAAUUCGAUGGCAUCGUCGAAACGAGCUAGAACUGCAUAUACGAGUGCUCAACUUGUCGAACUUGAAAAGGAGUUUCAAUUCAACAAGUAUCUUUGUCGUCCAAGACGCAUAGAGUUAGCAAAUCACCUGACGCUCACAGAACGUCAAAUUAAGAUCUGGUUCCAAAAUCGUCGCAUGAAAUACAAGAAGGAACAUAAAACUAAAUCAUCUUCAUCAAAUCAUAAUUCUGUGGAUUCCGAUAACGCAGCUUCGCCCUCGCCUUCAUCGGGAUCAAACCCGAGUCCAGGCCCUGGUGGAAAAUCUCGCUCGGUGAGUAACACGCUCACAAGUGAUCAGCAGAUUGUAAACAGAUUGAUGGCCCAUUCUCCCCAUGGACAAACUCUACCUUCGUACGUAAGUGCCACCAGAGGAUACACCAGUGCAGCUCUUCGUCACAAACCAUACCAGAUCUACAAGCCAACGGUCUACGCAGGCGGUGUAAUGACUAAUUACAACAACAAUAACAAUAUCAAAUCAAAUACUAUUAACAGAAUGCCAAUUCAAUCUCAAGAUUUAGAAUCAAUUGCCGAAUAUUUUAAUGCAAAAAACUUCCAAAAUGAUACACCCAUUCAGCAACAGAUGAGCUAUCAACAACCUCCACCAAACUAUGCCAGUAGUAUUCUAUUGCAACAACAAAUGCAAGCAGUAGACAACAGCACAACAACCAGCAACAUCAAGUACAAGCACAAAUUGAGCAGCAAGUUUCGCCCCAAAACCAAACGCUUUAUGGGGAUGGUGAAAAUUCAUCAGAACAUGACAUUCUCUUAG